CUGGAACAAAUCUGAUCAAGUCCCGUGGAGGAGACAAUCUCUAUCAUGAGAAGUUUGUGGAGGAGCUACAAAAGAUUCAUACUGAAUAUAACCAUCGACUGACAGAAGUUGACAUGGUAGAAAAGCACAUCAUUCAGGCAAGAGCUCGAGCAACAGCAGCAGAAGAAAGGGCUCUGAACAUGUUGAAGGUAGAUGUUGGGGAGGACUUCCACAACAUUGGAUUGCCACCAGUGAAGUCCUCCUUCAGGUGGUGUGUGGAUAAUGACCUUCUCAAAAAACAUAAUUUAAUCUGCCCUGAAGAUUACAUCACUGAUAGAAUACCCAUUACCAAAGCACCUAAAGGAAAUAAAGAGCCUGACUAUAUCAAGGAGACGUUUAGUUUUAAACAACACAUUUCUACAAGUCCAAGGGAUCAGAAACAUACAGAAAUCCCACACUUGAGGAAAACAUUAGAUAGUCUGCCAGAUGUAUCUUUAUCCACCUUAACGCUGUCUUCAACUCCUGAGCCUAGACAUCAGACUAAGAAACCAUCAAGUAAGAAAUCUAGCUCCUCUCACAAAUCAGUCUGGAAAGAUAAUAUGUACAAAGCGGAUAGAGAACAAGACCGCGUUUACCUUGCCAGACUUGAGAACCGACACAAUUACCUGAAGAAUCCACGCUUUUUCCCACCAAAUACUCUUAAUGGAGGAAAAUCUCUUAUUUUUCAUCAGAAGAAGUCUCUCCCAUUAUUUUAUUUCAGUGAUCCUCAAUCUGUUCCUGUAUUUCUAGCUACCCCGUCCGCUGUUUUGUUUUCUGAGUAUGAAGUUGGUCAGGUUUAUGAGAUGACUAUAGAGCUGCAGAACAUGACUUCAGUGUGUCGCCAUGUAAGAGUCAUCCCUCCGUCUACUUCAGCCUUUGCCAUUGGACUGGGAAAAUUUCCAGGAGAGGGUGGAAUUGUCGCUCCUGGGAUGACCUGCCAGUACACCAUUCAGUUUAUUCCUGAAUAUUUAGCUGAUUAUGAAGAUUGUAUUCUAGUGGAAACGCAAGCACCAUACUCUCUCCUAAUCCCUAUAGAAGCUAGGAGACCACCUCCUGUAUUAACAUUGCCUCGCAUCAUCGAUUGUGGUUCCUGCCUUGUGGGGGGAGUAAAAAUGACAGAAUUGGUGUGCAGAAAUGAAGGGUCCAGUAAUGGAAAGUUCUGUAUAAUGCCAAAGAAAGUAUGGCCACCUCCUAAUUUCAGGGCUGUUGCAACUAUUGGUUUUGUGGAGCAAGGUCCAUUUGGGAUCCGACCUGCUGUUUUUGAGCUAGGUCCAGAUCAAGCUAUGCUAUUAGAGGUCAUGUUUUCCCCAUCUUCUCCUGAAAACCUGAAGCAAACAUUCACUAUUGUUUGUGAUAAUUGCCAGAUCAAUGACAUCACAGUUACAGGUUUUGGACAGCUGAUAGCUUUAGAGCUUUUAUCUGUCACUGGUGGAGAAAGCCACCCAGCCCCUGGUGAGCCUACAGACAUAGCAGCACAGCACCUCAUAUGUUUUGACCCCCAAAAUCCACAUGCCACAACAGAGAAGAAACUCCUUAUAAGAAAUUCUACUCAUGUGGAACUUCCUUUCUACUGGCAGAUAAUGAAGCCUAAUCUGCAACCAUUAAUGCCUGAAGAAACUGGGGACCUUGCAAAGGUCAAGUACCACCUAGAUGUAGAGUCAGCUUUCUCUCUAAAUCCUAACCUGGGAAUUCUGCAGCCCCACGCUGAUCACGAGUUUAUUCUCACUUAUGCUCCACAGGAGCUGAAAGAUUAUCACAGUGUGAUUCAAAUUGUACUGAGGGACAUCCCAGAGCCACCUAGCUCAGAAAAGCAGGUGAUGCUAGGAAAUUCAGAAUCCAAAACUGAUGAUGUGAUUGCACUGGAAAUAGAAGUUAAAGGUUCAACAGAACCAUUUCAACUCCUUUUGGAACCAUAUGUCAUUAUCAUCCCCGGAGAAAACUUUAUUGGCGUAAAUGUAAAAAAAGCAUUUAAGAUGUGGAAUAACAGCAAAUCAUCCAUCAAAUAUACAUGGGGAAAAAUCAGUGUACGUGAUAUAGUUGAAGUUGAACCUCAUACUGGAGUGUUAGACGCCAGUGAAUUCUGUGAAUUUGAAUUGAAUUUUACUGGAGGCAAACCUGGACAUGCCAGCCAUAACCUGCACUGUAAAAUCGAACACUCUGUGGAGCCAGUUGUGCUGCAUGUGGAGGCUGCUUUUAAGGGUCCAGCUCUCUCUAUCGAUGUUCCAUCACUCCAUUUAGGUUUGAUUAAAUUGGGACAAAAUGUGUUAAGUACCUUUGAGAUUCAAAACCUAAGUCAAUUGCCAGCAUGGUGGAGAAUGCAAGAAAGUCAAGCUUGCUUAGCUGAAAGGAACGAAGAUGCAUCCCCAUUCACGAUUCAGCCAUCUGAUGGAGAAUUACCUCCUUUGGGCAAAUGCAGUGUGUCAGUUCUGUUCAGGUCCUUGCUAUGUCAACGUCUCCAGACAGUAUUAGAGCUAGAUGUCGAAAAUGGAGAAGGAAGUCAUCUUCCUGUUUUUGUUGAAGUUCAGACCCCCCAAGCAUGUCUGAUGUCUAGUCACUUGGUGUUCAGUGAAAUUUAUAUUGGAGUUCCAGCACAAGCAACCGUCAAACUCUUUAACCAGACACUGCUGCCAGCAAAAUACUUUUGGGAAGAGCUUAUCGGAAGUCAGUCAGCUUUCUGCUCUGCCACUGUCUCCCCAACAAGUGGCACUUUGGGCCCACAUGAAGAAAAAGAAUUGUGUAUAGAGCUAACAGCUAAUAUUAUGGAUGAGCUGAAUGACCUUACCCUCUGCUGUAGCAUAGAAGAUAUGAUUGAACCUCUUUUUCUGGGCAUUUCUGGCCAAGUAAAGGGACUACAUGUCACAUACUUGAUACCUUGUGACAGUAAAGUUACCAGUGAUGAGAAGCAAAUGUUACAAAGUCCUCAAGAUCUUCUGUUGGACUUUGGAUCUGAAGUUGCAUUGAAGAGCAUAGUAACACGCCAGCUAAUACUUACCAAUCAUACUGGAAUCGAUGCUCCAUUCACACUAGAAGCUGAAUAUUUCAGUAGCUGUCCAGUUACCUCAGAGGAACAAGGAAACGAUCUCUCCACAGCCAGCCUGGUGAAAAGAACAGCACAAAUCAGAAGACAUGCAGCCAAGAAAGUACAAUCAGCAUUUGUGCUGGCAUUACUGUCUCAUGGGAGAGGAGUGGCUUUCCAUGCCCAACCUUCCACAGGAACUCUGAAAGCCUUCCAGCAGCUAAUUAUAGAAAUAACAGCUUAUAACAACAUGUGGGGAGAGUACCAUGAUGAUCUCAUCUGUAGGGUGGGAGACUUACAGCCUACAUUAAUUCCUAUGCAAAUGACUGUGAAAGGUUGCCCAAUCUUCUUGCAGAUGACAGGACCUCAGACUGAACAUCAAACAAAGAUACCAAUAAUCAGGUUUGGUGCUCAUGUCUCUGGUGGGGAUACGGUCUCCCGCUGCAUCAGACUCAACAACCCCACUCCGUGUGACAUCCGCAUGGACUGGAAAACUUACAAUCAAGAAAAAGAUAAUGAGAAGCUGGUGGACCUCUUGCUGUUUUAUGGCCCUCAUUUUCCUAUUAAGGACGUAGAUGAGAAUGAGAUUGAGUCAAAUGCUAGCACCUCAGAGACUGAAAUCAUGUUAAACUGGGAUAAAAUCCCUAGCAGCCCAGACAUCAUUUCUCCAGGUUCCCUCGUGACAGAUGAUGAGUCAGAUGUAGACAACAAGGAAGAGGAAGGAAGAAGUGAUUCUGAAGUCUGGAGACCAAUAAAUAAUCAAAAGAAAAUAAUCUCUGUACUUAUACAAGCUCAUGAAGGGUUUCCUUCCGACUAUCCCUACUGUAUAACUCCUACACAAAUCGUUGUUCCUGCAGGUAGCAGUGCCUCCAUCCAUAUUUCCUUCACUCCACUCACGUUACCCAAGCUCAUUAACAAAAUUGAAUGUGAGGGGUAUGCACUGGGUUUCAUGAGUCUAGACAGCAAGCUUGCACAAGGUAUACCUGGCAAGGUGACUCGUUCGUACGGCUAUGGAGUUGCACCUUUGAGAAUGGACUUGCAAGCUUUUGUAAAGCCUGCUCUGUUAACUGUAGAAAUGGAUCAUGAUGGAGGAAUGGUGUUUCAUUCCAUGGCAAGUGAUCUCAUACCAAAUCAACCCCUUUCUGGAGUUUUGACAGAAUCAGUCAUUACUCACAACCUGAAACUCACCAACUCCACAGAGGCUCCUCUGCACUUCAGGAUCCUUCUAUCUGUGCCCUUCACUGUGUCCAGUAUCGACCCCAACAGGAGCCUGAAAACAUCCCACCGCGACAGGGAGGAGCAAGGGAAGCAACUUCUACUUCAUCCACAGCAAAACAUGCUGGUGAAAGUGUCAUUUCACACAACUCUGGAGUUACUUACAUAUCAGAAUCUGCCAGCUGACCAGCUGCUCUCAGGAAUCAAAGUGCUCCAGUUUGAGAAUGGAGACAGGAAAGUGGAAUUCAGUCAAAAUCUGGUUAUUGAAUACAGUAACAGAACGACCCAGCUGGUGCCAGUGACUGCAUACCUUACUGUCCCACUACUGGAGCUCUCUUGUGAGACAGUUGAUUUUGAGACCUGCUUUGUAAACCAAACUAGGACAGAAGAUGUCUUUCUGUUAAACAGGAGCAGAUGCAGAAGUUACUGGACUGCUUUACUGGACCAACAGGAACAGCAUAACAACAUGGAAGUAUUUUCCAUCUGCCCCAUUCAUGGAAUUCUUGAGGCACAUGAAGCUAGCUUACCCACCAAAGCAACUUUAAAGAUCAGUUUUACCGCAAGGUACAGUAAGAGAACAGAAGUUUUACUGUCUUUGGAGUUGACUAAGAAUGGCCUUGCAGACUGCUAUGGUGCAAGGAGUAAUUAAUUAAAACAGAAAUUAACUGUUACCCCAGCGUGUGCCUCCACAAACAGCUGCCCAGUUCUUUGUGUCACAGUGUUGUCUGUGAGGGUCAGAGAAGAGAAUAAAAGUGGUUUUGCUCUUCUGAUAAUCCGAGAACCAAUUUUUUCCUCUAAAAUUAUCAGCCAUUAUGUAGCUGAAUUAUUGAGGCAUAUUCAGUCAAUAGAGGCCCAUUUACACACGGGCAUGCAUUUUAAUAUGGCUGUACUGCGCAGUUCCUGCAUGUACCUGGACAAACGGGAUUUAGACAUGUUAAUUCCCAUUUGCCCAUACAUUCCCACAGCAUGCACACACAGUCACAGUACAAUAAAUGCUCAAAUCAAGGUACACGCUUUUUCACGCAAACCCCAGGCAAUAAUGUUUUGUAAAUAUUACCAUGAAUUUAUCAUUAGAGUUCAGAGGCACCCCGCUGAGCUACUGUUUCUGCGCUGGUACUACAAACUGCUGUGCAUGUCAGAGCCCUCUGGUUGUCUCCUUAGAUUUUAAAUUCCAUAUCAUAGGGCUCAUAUCCUACCUCUGGUGCCCAACAAGUGCUCAGGAAAGUUGAACCCUUGCUGUUCAGUAUAGGAUUCUGUGAAGUCACACUAAGCAGCUUACCACGCUGUCUCUACAUGCUGAACUGGCCAGGAACAGCGAACCGUGGCCACGGGGAGCUGCGGGAGACCGUGCCACGUAAACAAAAUGUCUCAGGUCUGCCAGCGGACUACCCUGAUGGGCCACAUGCCGAAGGUUGCCGACCCCGCUCUAGAUCUAGAAUUCACACUUACCACAAGCUACAAGUUAACCAAAAUUACACUUACUGUAAAUGUUUGCCUACAGCUAGCAUUCAGUUGACUGCCUCCUGCCCUAUUAGAACCAAUGGGAAAAUUUUCUCAUCUAACUUCUUGCCUUUUCCAUAUGACAAUGGCUGUCACCUGGAGCAAGCUCAGCGUCAUUCCCUGCCAUCACAAUAAUACUUGUCAUUUAGAGAUUUAUAAAAAUGUAACUACACAACAAAAAGAAUAUUGAAGCUUUCCUUCCAACCACCACAUUAACACAUUCAACAUCAUAUAUAGUUAUACCAUUAGGUAAGACACUGUUAAAAAGCAUACUGGGACCCAGUUACUACAUGUGAUGUGAUGGUACAUGAAACUGGGCCAGGCUACAGUAGUCAAAACUCACCAUUCCCAUAAGGAAAGCAAAGUUAACUUCUGCAGUAUCAGAUAGCUGGCAAGCACAACAAAUGUCAGAGAACAGCGUCAUUCUUCCCCUCCCAGACCCCUUAAAGAACUGUGCUAUAUUCUUGCAUGUAGUAGAAAGGCAAACUAACUGAACUGUCUUCUCCCUUUGUAUUUUAGGAGUAAUGUGGAAUAUGAAACUACAGUGACUGUUUUUGGAAUGCUUGGAGAAAAGCCCUGCAAACUACAGAUCAGAGGCAGAGGAUCUUAC